AUGGAUUUUCCAUCUCAAUCAGAAAAAAAAAAAUAUAUCACCAAGAAAAGAACCACACUUUUCUCUUAUGACGAUGAUGACGAUGAUGAUGAUUUUGAUCAAAAUCGAGAGUUUAUACAUAUGUCAUCUUAUGAAGAAUCAAAGGAUCAACAAAAUUCAUUCAAUACACUACUUUUAAGUGAACUUUCAAAUUGUGAAGAUCAAAAACAACAACAACAACAACAAUCAUCCUCUCCAACACAAAGUGACUGUGAUUCUUCUCCAACUAAUAACAAUAAUAAUAAUAAUACCAAUAAUAAUAUAGUGCAUCAUUUAAAUAAUAGUAAUAGUAUACCAAUUAGUGGUAGCAAUAAUAAUAAUAAUAAUAAUAAUAAUAAUAAUAAUAAUAAUAAUAAUAAUAAUAAUAACAAUAAUAAUAGCCAUCAUCAUCAUUUAAGAAAAGGCAGAAGACUAUUUCAUGAUGAUAAUGACGACCAACCAAUUUAUCCAGCUUCAGCAUCUCUAUCAUCAACUAAAACAAAUAUGUUUCCUUCAAGUCCAAUUUUAUAUUCAUCUCCAUCCUCUCAACAACAACAACAACAACAACAACAACAAUCACAAUCACAACAAACAAAUGAAUUUAAAGUUCCAUCAUUUACACCUUUAUCAUUUAUUAAUAAUAGUUCAACAAAUAGUAUGAAUAUAAGACCAAUAAAUAAUAAUAGAAUAUAUAAUAAUUUAAAUAAUAAUAAUAAUAAUAAUAAUAAUAAUAAUAAUAAUAUCAAUAAUAUCAAUAAUAAUAAUAUCAAUAAUAUCAAUAAUAAUUAUAAUAAUAAUAAUAAUAAUGAAGAGGAUCAAAUAUUUUCAUCAUCAUUACCAACAUCACCAGUAUCAUGGUCAGCAAAUGGUUCAAUGAUGAAUGGACAUAAUAUAAAUAAUAUUACUGGAAAUCAUAGUAGAUUCCUAUCGAAUGGUAGUUAUAACAAAGGAAAUACCUUUCCAUCAACAGAGGUAAAAAGAGUAAGACCCGAUCAAAGGGCAUUCAAUGAAAACUCUUUCUCAAUGUCACCAACACCAUCACCACCUCCAACACCAUCAUUAAAAAGAAAUAAUUAUUCCUCUCCAAAAUUUGAACCAGUUUUUAUAAGAUUGGCUGAAGAAAGAACAAAUAGAAAAAGGUCAACUUCAAUGACUUCAAAUGUAAAUAAUAACAAUAAUAAUAAUGCUAAUAAUAAUAAUGUAAAUAAUAACAAUAACAAUAACAAUGGUCCAAAUUCUAUAUCAUCCCUAAUUGCAAAUGUUAAUCCUUUUACAGAAGAGGGUAGAUUGCAAUCAUUGAAUAAACCAUGUCCUUCAUUUCAACUUGUAAAUAAUAAUAACAAUAAUAAUAAUGCCAGUAAUAAUAAUAAUGAUAAUAAUAAUAAUAAUAAUAAUAAUAAUAAUAAUAACAAUAAUAAUGACGAUACCUGUAAUAAUAAUAAUAAUAAUUCACAAAAUAUUGAUAAUAAUUUAAUAACUAAAUUUUCAUUAUAUAAACAUACUUUUCAAGAAUUGGAUUUAAUUGGUGAGGGUAGUUUUGGUCAUGUUUAUAAGGUUAGACAUAGAAUUGAUGGAUGUCUAUAUGCAAUAAAGAAAACCAAAAAACCAUUAAAAGGUCAAAAAGAUCGUGAUAUAGUAUUGAGGGAAGUUUAUGGUUUAUCUGCAAUUAAAGAUCAUACCAAUAUCGUUAGAUAUUUUAAUGCUUGGGAAGAAGAUAGUCAUAUAUUCAUUCAAAUGGAACAUUGUAAUGGUGGUAAUAUUUAUAAAUGGGUAACUGAACAUAUUAAACAAUCCGAAUCAAAUUUACUCUUAUUGGCAAAACAAAUCCUUACCGGUAUUGUUUAUAUUCAUUCUUUGGGUUUAGUUCAUUUAGAUAUUAAACCUGAAAAUAUAUAUAUAAUUUAUAAAUGUAAUCAAAAUCAAAUCAUCACUAAUAAUAACAAUACUUGCUCCAUUAAUAAUAGUAGUAAUGGUAGUGAUAGUUAUUUCAAAAGUAAAAUUAAAACAACUGAAAAUGAUCUUGAUAACUUUAUAACAACAACAAAUAGUGUAAAUAAUAACAAUUGUAAUAAUAAUAAUAAUAAUAAUGUAGAUAAUCAAAAUAAUAAUAAUCAAAAUAAUUAUUUAAUAAUUGAUGGUAAUAAAAUUAAUUUUAAUAGUAUAACAUUUAAAAUUGGUGAUUUGGGUUUAUUAAAUGAAGCAACCAAUACAAAAAUCUAUUCAGAAGGUGAUAGUAGAUACUUAUCAAGAGAAUUAUUACACGACGAUAUGUCUGCUUUGAAAAAAAGUGAUAUCUUUUCAUUGGGUUGUACCUUAUAUGAAUUGGCAAGAUGUAAACCAUUACCAAAGUCUGGCAUGGAAUGGGACUCAAUUAGAAAUGGUAUACUAUCAUUUGAAAAGGAAGAUUCAAUAUACGAUGAUAAUAAGAAUGAUUUCUCAACAGAAUUUUGGCAAUUAAUUAAAUCAAUGAUUCAUCCUGAUCCUUCCGUAAGACCUUCUGCUGAACAAUUAUUAGAACAUCCAUUGAUUAAAUAUGGUGUCAUAGAAAUUGAUGACUUUGAAAAUGAAAUUGAAACCUUAAAAAAUUUAUUGGCUGAAAAAGAAAAAGUUUUAAUCAUUCAAAAAGAAAAACAAAAAUUAAGACAAAACCAAUUACAACAAAAAAUGCAACAACCAAAUUUUAUAGAAUUGAAACAACAACCUCAACAACAACAAGAAAAACAACAAAUGUUACAUCAACAAAAACAACAAUAUUUAGAACAACAUAAUAAUAAUAAUGAUAAUAAUAAUAAUGAAUUUGAUGAAUCAGAGAAAGAAUAUCAAAUCCAACUCGAACAAUUUAAAAUUCAAAAAAUGCAAUUUCAGCUACAACAAGAACAAUUACAAUAUCAACACCAACAUAAACACCAAAAUUUCUUUACCAAACAAAUUUGUACUGCUUCUCAAAUUGAAGGUGGAAUAAAAAAUAUGGCUUUGUAG